AGCGGUAACUGGAGUGGAAUCCUGGGGACAGUAAGACAGAGACUGGGUUUUUGGGGACUACGACAGCUGACUUUUGAGGGCAAGGUUUUAAUCAUGUGAUUUUACCUGUGCUUUUAUUAAUCAGUUUUGUUUUUAUCCCCCCUCGAAGGAGUAUUUUAGACCUAGAGAGGAUGAUUUUUUACUUCCUGUGGGGAAGCAAGUGGGAGAGGCUAAUGAGGGAGGUGGUCAAGAGGCCCAGGUCCAAGGGGGGGAAAGGCUUGCCUGACCUCUACUUGUUCCUGGGCAGCCGCUACACAGCGUUACAUCUGACUCUUGCCACCUCCCCGGUCAACAACAAGACUCAGGCCCUCGCACGGUUCUGGCUGGGAUCUUACCUCAGGACUCUGAGGCUGAUCCAGGUCGACCUGCAAGCCCCAGUCUCUUUCCUGCUACCCCCGCACUACGUCCAGCUCCAGAAGUUUUUAAGACAUUUUAAACUGGAAAAAGAAACAGUCACGGUCUUAACAAAACACCGCUCUCUUCUCUCUCUUGUGCAGGAUCGUGAACCAGUGUGUCCAGUGCGCGGGUUCGCUAUAGGUGAGCCCACAACGGUUUGGCGCAACGUGGCCCAUCCUGCUCUCCUGAACCGGCAUCGGGACCUGUCCUGGAUGGUCGCCCACGAGAUCCUCCCGGUCAGGGCCGUUAUGCACUCACGGGGCAUGGCGAGGACAUCCGCGUGCCCCCGACCAGGCUGCGGCCAAGAAGAGUCGGUGAGGCACAUGCUCUGGGAGUGCAGAGCCGCCAAGGACCUGUGGAAGGAAGCAGGCCCCCUGAUCACCUCGUGUCUGCCAGCAGGGGAGGACCUAACACCUCAGCUCACCCUCACGUGUCUGAAUGAAGCACUGUGGUCCUCCCGUAACCUGCUGGUAGCGAAAAACGUAGAGACCACCCCCCAGGCAGUGGCCAUGGUAGCCACGGAAGCCCUGGGGUGGUACGGAUGGAAGGGGGCCUCGACCCCAGGCGAAGGGUCCCCCACAACACCCUAGGUCCCGGCGGCCACGGCCUGACAGUGCUGCGGCGCCUAGGACGAUGCGCCUAGGGGAGGGAUCUCCUCUGGGCCCCGAAGGACGGGACGAUGACCUAUUCAGAAGAGCAGGAUGAGGUGAGCUUGAUAAAGACUCACCCUGCUCCUGUACAAGGGACCGAAGACAGCCUUUUAACAAAGUGGCUUUUUAACAUGUUUUUCAUGUCUUAAAAAAUGUUUUACCUUUGUUAGAUCAUUAGUACACAUUUUAAAUGGUUUUUACAGAUUUGAUGUUUUUACAAGGAAAGUUGUUUUCAUUGGUUUUAACAACAUGUACUCUUUAGCAAAUUUAAAUGUAACUUUCAAAUGCUGUGUUUUAUGCUUUGUUGACAUUUUUAUGUGAAAAAAUGAUGUAAAAAAUAUAUGAGCUACUUUUAAAGGAAUUGUG